CGUCGUAAAGAUCAAGACAGCAUCUCGCAUAUACGAAUUAACAUGCCUCAAAUUCUGCAAAAUUACUAGUCAAAUCCACAUCCUUAAUUAAAGCCGAAAAAGGGAAACAUCUCUGUAUCAACUAUCAUCUCCAAAUUUCUGGAGCCAUGAAGCUUCUUCUCCUCAAGCUCAUAUUAUCGACAGUUUUGAUCGUAUGCAGUCUCCACUCCUCCACAGUACAAGCCUUGAAACCGCCCAUUCGCCCCACCGACGUGCUGCCGCUGCUGCCGAGGCAAAUUUCAUGGCCUAUACUCAACAAGCUCAAUAGCGCCGCUGACCUUCUGCCGGCGUUUGUUGGGGCUGCUUCCGCCACCAACAAUUCAAUUUUGCAGUGGAAAGGAGCUUGCUUCUAUGAGAACACCGCGUGGUUGGAGUUCCAUAACAACAGCGGAACUCAGUGGGGCGGCGGCACUCUCCACCUUAAGGUUACGAAAGCCCAUAGUUGGACAUGUAUGGAUCUUUAUGUUUUUGCAACUCCAUAUCGCGUGACAUGGGACUACUACUUUCUGUCUCGGGAGCAUACACUUGACUUCAGUGAGUGGGAAUCUGCAGCUGAGUAUGAAUACGUCAAGCAUACAGGGGUUGCGAUUUUUCUGAUGCAAGCGGGGAUGAUAGGGACGCUGCAGGCUCUAUGGGAGGUGAUGCCUCUGUUUGUGAACUCUGUGUGGGGUGAGAGCUCUAAUGUUGCAUUUCUUGAAAAGCACAUGGGUGCUACCUUCGAAGCACGACCUGAACCAUGGAUUACCAACAUUACUGUUGAUGAUAUCCACUCUGGUGAUUUCCUUGCAUUGUCCAAAAUUCGAGGCAGAUGGGGUGGUUUUGAGACCCUAGAGAAGUGGGUGACUGGAUCUUAUGCUGGUCACAGUGCAGUCUGCUUGAGGGACUCGGAAGGAAACCUGUGGGUUGCAGAGUCAGGGCAUGAAAAUGAGGAGGGAGAAGAUAUUAUUGCUAUUCUUACAUGGGAUGAGUGGUGGGAAUAUGAGCUGACUAAAGAUGACGCCAAUCCACACAUAGCGCUUCUUCCUUUGCAUCCUGAUCUCCGUGCCAAGUUCAAUGAGACUGCUGCGUGGGAAUAUGCGAAGAGCAUGGCAGGGUUACCAUAUGGUUACCAUAACUUGAUUUUUAGCUGGAUCGACACAAUCAGUGAUAAUUAUCCCUCACCUCUGGAUGCUAACCUGGUUGCUUCUGUUAUGACUGUUUGGACUCAGAUGGCUCCUGCAUAUGCAGGUAGCUUGUGGAAUGAAGCAUUGAACAAACGUCUUGGAACUCAGAACUUAACUCUCUCUGAGAUUCUUGUGGAAGUUGAGAAACGUGGAUCAUCUUUUGGUGAAUUGUUGGCAAUCCCCGAACAAGACGAUUGGGUUUAUGUCGACGGGAAGUCAACUUCAUGUGUUGCUUUUGUCUUUGAAAUGUACAAGGAAGCAGGACUGUUUGGGGAACUUGCAAACUCUAUUCAAGUAACUGAGUUCACGAUAAAAGAUGCAUACUCUCUGAAGUUCUUUGACAACAAUUCAAGCCGUUUGCCUAAGUGGUGCAACGAUGCGGACACAGUAAAACUUCCCUACUGCCAAAUCAAAGGGAAAUACCGGAUGGAGUUGCCUGGAUACAAUAGCAUGGAACCUUACCCCCACAUGAACGAGCACUGCCCUUCGUUGCCACCAAAGUAUUCCAGAACAGAAGGCUGCUAAGCAACUACGGUGUCCUCGUAGUUAUGCAUUGCGCCCGUAAUCUGGUAUGUAUAUUCUAGGUGAUACAAACGGCAUGUAUAUUCUAGUUGAUGAUACAAACUGUAUUCAUCCUGUAUAUUCUAGUUAGUUCAUAUGUAAUACGCAACAAGUAUGUCAUGCCUAAUACUAUUAAUACUUCUCUUUUGAUCA